CAGAGCAUCGACUGCUAGGUAUCGAUAUUAACGAGCAUGUAUUACGGCUACCGAAUUUCGGAUACGCUUGCAUUCAUCUUUCCGUUGUAACAACGAGAUCAUUUAUUAAAUAAUUUAUAAUACCUUUAAUAAAAAUGCAGAUACUUUACCGAAACAACUCUCAAGAUAAGUAGGAGUGACGUUUUUUUUGAAUAAUUUAUAAUCUUAAUUAGCUGAAACUAACCUAUAAAACGAUUACGCGAGAUCAUCGUUAUUUGGGAUUUUGUAAAGCUGCGUUAUUUGUGCUUGUACCACCAGUGAUAGAAACUAUCGAGACGCUGAAAAACGAAAGAGACGCUAAUGAUGUAUACGGUGCAAUCGUCCGGCAUGUUAUUAAAGCGAUUUAGUGCGAAUUAUGUUCAAAACAGUACUAGAUUGGCAUCUUUUCGGCAGUGCGAACGUUAUGGAAAAUUUCACGAUUGUCGUAAGCGAAUAAGUCACUGGUUAAAAGCCCAAGGCGAGCAAGUAGCCCAAGCUUGCACCAAACAGUGUGAAUUUAUCAUUGCACAGCGUAUAAGGAGAAGCUUACAAAUAUUUCAUUUAUAUACUCGAAUAUGGGACGAGGUAGCGCUGAAGGAAUUCAUGAAAUCCUGGAGGAAUCGUGCGUUAAGAAACAGUAGGCAUUUUUUAAUGAGUAGUAUAGGCAUUACUAUGUAUAAUUGGGAUCGCGAACGAAUAACCAAGGAUGAAUUGAACGGUUACAAGAAAGAAAUCGAAGGAAUUUACAGGUUAAGAGAUUCUACGGUUGUGUGCGCAAAGUGCCAACUAAGAAUUGUUAUAGAUGUCCGACAAUCUGGUAUAAAGUAUUGUACGUGUACCGAUAAUAAAUUCAAUGCCACUUCCAAUCAAGAUUCAGAGGGAUGGAAACCAUAUAUAGAGCGAGAAGAUAUGCUUAUAUGGAGAAGAGAAGAACCAAAUUGUGGAGGGUUGUUUGCGUAUAAAGUAUACGGUUCUUUUGCGGAAGUUACGGCAGAGGACUUUUUACAAGCACAAAUAGACGUUGACUAUAGAAAAGAAUGGGAUCCAACCGCUCGCGAAUUACGAAUCAUAGAUACCGAUCCUGCAUCGCAAUCGUCCGCUGAUAGUCAUUCCGAUGUUAUAUAUUGGGAAACGAUAUGGCCUAAACUGUUUGCAAAUAGAGACUAUGUGUAUCAACGGGAUUGGGUAGUGGACAAAGAGAGACGGUUGAUAAUUAUCAUCAGUAAAGUAACUGAUCAUCCCGCUGCGCCGUCUAAACCAGGAACAUACAGAGUCACAACGUAUUGGUCGUACAUGGUGAUAAGGCCUUACACAGAAUUCCAUCAGCCAGGCAUCGAGUUUGGGUUGACUUACUUCGACGAUCCUGGUGUAAAUAUUCCAUCUGCGGUUACCGCGUGGGUCGCAAUGACAGGAUUACCGAACUUUUUAAUUCGUAUGAGAGAAGCGUCGAGGAAUUAUCAGAAUUACAAAAUUGCGAAACAGAGUUUAGACGCGUCCGAUACUAAUUACGUUCCCUUGAAAAACGAAGAUAUUUUUGAGGAUAAAGUCCUACACGGUAAUAUGCAAAAUUCGGAAAGGAGCGAAAUACUCAAUGGUAAGAACGUGGAGGACUACAAUAAAAUUGAACAUACGGAAGUACCACAGUUCAACGAAGAUCUGAAGGAAGAAGAAGAAGAGGAAGAUAGUACAAAUUCGUCUGAGGAAGGCAGAGGUUUACUAGAUUAUUUCUAUCUUGCAAAAUUAUUUGCAUGACCAUUGCAGUUUAUAGUAUUUGGAAUAAAGAAAUUGGUUUUUGCCGAUAGAAUGAUUUUGAUGCGAUCCUCUGUGGGCAGAACAGUGAGUCGACAAGUACAAAUGCGAUAUUAAUAAUAUUGGGCACUUUUAUGUACGUCGGUACAUUUAAUCGCGUCACGUCUAUGUGAACACGCAUGAAACGAUUAUUGUAUUCUAUUUAAAACAGCAAACAUGAGACUGAUACCUUCAUGGUCAAUUUUACCUACAUUAAUCGAGUUAUCGAAAUAAUUGCCACGAGUUAACGAAAAGCACAUUAUUAGUUUUGAAUCGGAGGAAAUUGUAACGUAAUUUGAACUCGUGCAGUGAGAUAUUUUGCUACAUCCUAAAAUACUGAAAUUGUACAAAAUAAAAUAUUCUGUUGGAUCCGUGUAUAUUCAAUUGUAGUUUAAAUACAAAUAGAUGUAUAAAACAUGAAAAAAACUGGUUUACUAUACAUGUGCGCUUAUGAAUUUACUACUUACACAUAUACAAAGUAUCCUUUUUACUUAGCCGAUAAAUAAUACAUAAACAAUCUGUGUAAUAUG